CUAAACAAAGGUAACAUCAAUGACUCACGAGGCUUGUUUAAUUUAGUUAUGCUACAUGUGUGUACAUUGCUUUAACUUUUCUUUCAGACGAUUUUAUGACACUUCGCCUUCAAGGAAAUCUAAUCAUUGUUUAAGGUUUCGUUAAACUGACGUUGCAAUUGGACCCCAACAGCCUCAAACCUUAACACUUUCUCAUUUGAGUGGACGAUUCUUGGAAAAGUGCACAACUAUUUUGUGUAGCGGAUAUAAAACGUCAUUAGUGGUUCAAAUGUAUCCUUAAAGCGGAUUUUCUAAACCCCUCGAGUCUCAAUUGUAAUAAGGACACUUUGCAGAACAAGGACACCUAUUCUCGCCUCACCUCUGAAAUAAUGAGGAUGGGCGGAGAUGGCGAUUAUUACAUGAAAGACACGAGUAUUAGCAAUUCUGGGUUGCAUGAAGUAUCUGGAACCAAAAUCCAAUCUUAUGCAACUCGAGGGCAUUCUUCCUUAUCAAGGAAUGGUGAUGGGGAUUGCAGACACUUGAGCCGAUCAGGAUAUGCGAGUGAUAAAGAUUCAGAUCUGUCAAGACGAGGAACUACGCUGACAACGGCAAACCAGGAGGCUGCAUGGACAGGUAAUGGGGAUCAAUACUUCGGAGGAGGAGGACAAUCCAAGAGAAACAGCACCUCUGCAUCGUUCAGAGCUGAAUCCCCACAGCUCAAUUUGUGGACGGGUAAUGGUAACUCUUCUUCCCAGGGGGGUCAUCACCCCAAUGUGCCCAACCUAUCAAGAGCUCUCCCAAGAAAUUAUGGUAUUGACUCCUCGUACUCCAUUCCUACCAUCAAUAGUCGGCUGGGACAGCGCUACGGCAGAGAUCGGGAAAGAAUGAAGGACGAAUUGGCGGAUUCUAAUUCAAUGGCCCGGACUGGGAGUGGAAUUCUUCCAGGUGGAAUUUUGCCUGACAGGUAA